AUAAGUAGUAUAUAUGGUGAGUAAGGAAUAGAAUAUCUGACAGCAGAAGAUUGAGAAGAUCAAGAAGAGAAGAACAGAAAUAAAAAGCAAUUUGUGUGGAAAUCCAGGAACAAUGAAGUCUGAGGCAAUUGAAGAACAUUUUGCAAAUAGUGUAUCAUAGCAUGGUUUUUGUAUUUUACCAAGUAACGUUGUAAUUUGCGCUAAAUACAUAGUUGGUUGUCCUCACCCGUGUUCUCAUUCACAACAUUUGGUGUCGCUGCCAACCAGGAGGAGGAAGGGUGCUGUUCUGUGGACGCCGCUGCGGGUCUGGAGUGGAGGUGCUAGUUGGGGCAGUCUGGUGGGGAGAGUUGGAGUCGAGUGGAGUGUUCUGGCGGGAGGCGUUGGCUGUAGCAGGUGCUGUCGACGGAGAGGAGCAGUGGGACGUGCGGCUGCUGGGCGGACAUCGGAUGUAGAUGGCUCAGCAGGCCGGUGGAGUACGGGUGUUGAACGUCCCAGGUGCCGGGUGGAUGCGGAUGUUGGUGCCCCGGCAGGUCGACGGAGCUAUGGAGUUCAGCGCGCCGCAGACUCGACAUUCUGACGGAGAGUUUGGCACAGACUGCAGUGGAAGAAGAUAGUGGCACGGCGAGCAGAACCACCGCAUGAACGAAUGCUUUAAAGGGGGGACGAGUGUGGUGUGAUCUACUUAUAUCCAUAUAAGUAGUAUAUGGUGUGGGUCAGGCAUAGAAUGUAUUUUCGCAGAAGACCGAUGAGGAAAGAACUGAAAUGAAGCGCAAUCGUUUGGAAAAUGCAUGAACGAUGGAAUUAUUGAAGAAACAGUGAAGAUUGAAACAAUUGGUUGUUAAUUUGCAAAUUGACUGUUCAUUCUUUGGUAAUCAGAAUUUACUGAGAUAGUCUGUAAUCUUUGCUUAAAUACAUUCGAUUGUCCCCAACCAGUCGUGUUCUGUUCACUACAUUUGGUGUCGCUGCCUCCAGGGAUGAAGAUUCCAUGGCCAAAGGAAUUUGAGGGCGGGGAUGUGCUGAGCUUCCUGAAGGAGUUCGAAGCUGUGGCGGAGCUGGUGGGGGUGAAGGAGCCGAAGGCGAAGACGGUGGUGUUGGGGACGCUGCUGAGAGGCAGAGCGAAAGCUGUAUAUGACAGCCUGGACGGUGCGGGCGGUAAGACGACAUGGGAGGCAGUCACGGAGCGGUUGACCGUGGAGUUCGAUAGCCCAGUGGACAGAGAGGAAGCACUGCAGAAGUUCCGAGUGGCGAAGUUGCCGAUCGAUGGUGAUCCGCUGGUGCUGGCCGUGGAGCUUACCAAAUUGCUGCGUCGCGCGCUGCCAAAUCUGGAUGAGGAGUCGGAGGCACAGUUGUUGGCGUCUCAGUUUAUCGAGAGCGUGCCUGUUGCCGUUUCCCAGCAGCUGAGACUGGUACACGCCGCGCAACCUAUGGAUAUCAGUGAGCUUGCAAAGGUGACGCGACAGUUGAUGACACAAACAGUAGCUCCGGUCGCGUGCGGAAGUCAGGAGAUAAGCAGCAUUGAGAAGAAGAUUGAAGAACUGCAGCACGAGAUUGCGGCAUUACGAGUGAUUCGAAAAAGGAAUGAUAAGUGUUUCGCAUGUGGAGGGACAGGACACUGGAAGAUAAACUGUCCAACACGACGAAAACGGAGAUAUUUUAGACGUUACGUGUUUCCUUCUUACUCUAGGGAUCUGGGGGUUGUUGCAUUAGUAGAUAGAGGGGCAGUCUAUGCAAGAGUGAACGUAAAUGAACUAGAUUUAGUGUGCCUAAUCGAUACAGGGGCAGCAGUUUCGUUAAUAGGUAAAGAGCAAUGUAAAAGUUUUAAGCCGUGUAAAGUCGCAGUUCACACUAUAGGAGGGCACAUGUUAGAGGUAUUGGGCGUGUCUAACAGUAUCGUAAAAGUGGAUGGUUCGGAGAUAAGUUUUCCGUUCGUGGUAACCGCAAACCUGUCGAGACCAAUAUUAGGAGCAGAUUUCCUAAGAGAAGUAAAAGCCAUAGUUGACCUAAGAAGCGGUAAGGUGGUCACGAAGUACGGUUCAUUCUCAAUACAUGAAAGUAGUGAGGUGGCUGAGGUUAGAGUGGCAACAGCCGUUGUGACGAAGAAACCAAACAUAACCGAGUUGUGCAAAAAGUAUGCGAAACUGUUUACUGAAGAAGGAGAACCGUACGGAUUUUGCGACAAAGUAAAGCACGAAAUCCCGAUAAAGAACAAUGGAGGAAGUAUAUUCACAACACGUCGUGUCCCUGUGCACUUAGAGGCUGAAGUAAAUCGACAGGUCCAAGAGAUGCUGAAAGAAGGAAUAAUUGAGGAGGCGGACAGCCCGUAUAACUCACCGGUACUCUUGGUAAAGAAACCGAAUGGGAAAUAUAGAUUUUGUGUUGAUUUUAGAGAACUGAAUAAUAUAACAGAACUAAAGCCGUGUGCAAUGCCAACAGUAGUGGAAACAUUAGAUCGGCUGCAGAAUGCCACGGUGUUUACAGUGUUGGAUUUGCGGUCAGGUUAUUGGCAGCUGCCUAUAAAAGAGAGCGAUCGAAGCAAGACAGCAUUUACCAUACGUGAUAAACAAUAUCAAUUUAGACGAAUGCCGUUCGGAUUGGCGGGCGCACCUUUUACGUUCAGAAGAUUAAUGUCGCUACUGCUCAGGGAUCUGGAUAACGUCGAAGUGUAUGGCGACGAUGUAGUCGUAUACAGCCAGACAGAAACAGAUCAUGUCAAGCAUGUGGAAGCGGUCCUAAAGCGAAUUGAAGAAUUCGGACUUCGAAUUAAUAAGGACAAGUCACAGAUGGCGAAAAGUAGCAUCACGUUGUUGGGGCAUAAAGUGGGAAAUGGAGAAAUAAAACCGCUGCCGGAGAAAAUUCUGACUAUAAAGAACGUUGCAGUACCGAAUUCGAAAAGGAAAUUGAGACAGUUCCUGGGAAGGGCGGCGUUCUACAGUCGGUUCAUCAAGAAUUUCAACGAAAUAGCAGCACCCCUUUAUAAGUUGUUGAGUAACACUAAAUUUUCGUGGACUGAAACCGCCCAACAAACGUUUAAUCAAAUCAAAAACAUGCUGGACGACCGCCAGAUGACGCUCAGACUGCCCGAACUGGAGAAACCGUUUACAGUGACAACAGACGCAAGUGACCAUGGUAUAGGUGCCGUUUUAAGUCAGUCUGAUAGAGUAGUGGAAUACGCAAGUCGCAUUCUCACGCCUGCCGAACAGAAGUAUUCAACGAUCGAAAAGGAGUGUUUAGCGAUUGUGUGGGCAGUAGACAAGUGGAGACCAUAUCUGUUAGGUAAACGAUUUCACAUCGAGACUGACCAUAAACCUCUGCAGUGGCUACAAACAGCACGAGACCCACGUGGGAAGUUGGCGCGAUGGAUGAUACGUCUGCAGGAGUAUGACUUCAGUAUCGGGCAUGUUCCAGGGAAGGAAAAUGUGAUGGCGGACUAUCUGUCAAGAACAGACAUGGAAGCCGAGCUUCCAUUGACAGCAUACGCAGUGAACAGUAUAGAGGGAGACCCACUAGAACUCGUCCGGCAACAGAAAUCUGAUCCUAAACUGCGAGAGGUAAUCAGAGUGAUAAGAGAGGGGGCAGAUUUUGACAAACGAGCAAUGGACAAGAAGGCAAUAAUGUUGCUUCGGCAAAAGGAAAGACUGAAAGUGAACACAUAUGGAGCUCUGGUCUGGCAGGAUGAUGACAAAAAUUGGGUGGCUGUGAUCCCGAAAGACUGGCGGCGUAAGAUGAUACACGAAUGCCAUCAGGUAGCGCACACUGGUAUCGCAAGAACGACAGAUUUACUACGGCAAAGUGCAUACUGGCCAGGCAUGAGAGACGAUGUGGCCCAAUAUGUGUUGACGUGCCAGCAGUGCCAAUUAAUGAAAAGCGAUAGAUACAUGCAACCGCCAAUGCAGUCGGUCCCAGUAACCGCAGUUGGUGAUCUAUGGUCGGUAGAUGUGAUGGGACCAUUUCCACAGACGGAUAGCGGCAACCGAUACUUACUAGUUAUGACGGAACAUGCUACACGAUGGGUCGACGCUGUACCGAUUGCCGACCAGCGGGCGAAAACAGUGACCGAAGUAAUAAUCCGGCACAUUGUAGCAGGUCAUGGAGUACCGAAGAUGAUACUAACCGACCAGGGUCCCUGUUUUGAAAGUGACGAGUUUAAGGCCCGUUUGAAGCAGUUCGGUAUCAAGAGGAUACGAACUACACCGUAUCACCCUCAGACGAAUGGGCUUACGGAAAGAAACAACCGGACAUUAAAGGAAUGGUUAGCAUCUAAAGGAGGGAAUUGGGAGAAAGAGUUACCACUAAUUUUGCUGGCGCAUCGUGCCUCCAUCCAAGGAACUACUAAAAAAUCACCUUUCCUACUUAUGUAUGGUAGACAGCCACGACUUCCGAUGCAUAAUAUGACGUGGCCACAGCAGCAGAAGUGGACGGCAACAAGAUUAAGGAAAGAGAGGACGGAGGCAAUAAAGAACGUGAAAAAGAAACAAAUAUCAGACACCAAGAAGGUGGAACAGCAGAGAAGAGCAUGGAAGCCUUUUAGAGUGGGGGACCUGGUAAAGUGUAGAGAACGGAGAGCUAACACUGAAGGGGGACCAGGGUCAGGAAAGCUGACCCCGAAAUGGGAGGGACCGUACAUUAUCACGGAGAGACGCGGCUCAGUUUACACGAUCCGGAGAGAAGACAAGCAGAAGCGUGUAAAUGCCAGUCAACUACAGAGAUGGUUUCAGGAACAUCAUGAGCACGAGUCACGAACAGCACCAAAGGAGACAAUGGUACGGCGAUCAGAAAGAUUGCGAGAACAGCUUAUUAAAAGGGGGGACGAGUGUGGUGUGAGCUACUGAUAUCGAUAUAAGUAGUAUAUAUGGUGAGUAAGGAAUAGAAUAUCUGACAGCAGAAGAUUGAGAAGAUC